AUGACGACCUCCGACAUAACCUCCGCCGUAGUAGUAUCCACCAGCAUAGUCAGCUUCAUCUCGGGCUUCGCGCUAGGUGUCUACUCGAUCCGCGGCUGGCUUUUGUCUCCUGACCUGAAGGUCGAGCGGAAUGCCAACCUGAACGAUCCCGUCGAGAGCGAGGAGUCGGAUGUUGACGAGGAGGAGACCCUCCUCGACCACGCGCCCAACUGGGCCAAUGGCGAGGAAGCAGACCGCCGGCAGGGCCUGCGAGGGACCUCAUCCUCCAAACAGCAGCAGCCUGCCCCCGCCGCUGCUCGACAACGGCUCCCCAACCCCGGUGCCAACGAAGAGUGCAAGCUCGUUUUGGUAGUGCGCACCGACCUGGGCAUGACCAAGGGCAAAAUCGCCGCGCAAUGCGGGCACGCGACCCUGGCAUGCUACAAGACGCUGCAGCAGGCGGCGCAGCGGGAUCCGCAGGGCGCCGAGGCCCGGGUGCUCCGGCAGUGGGAGCAGCUCGGGCAGGCCAAGAUAGCGGUGCAGGUCAAGAGCGAGGUUGAGAUGCUGGAGCUGAUGGGCCGCGCGCGGAGCCUCGGGGUCACGGCCGAGGUGAUACGCGACGCCGGCCGCACCCAGAUUGAGUCUGGGAGUAAGACGGUGCUUGGGGUCGGCCCUGCGCCCAAGAGCCUGGUGGACUCCAUCACGGGGCAUCUGAAGCUCUUGUGA